CACGUGAAGGGGUUGUAGUUAUUAGCUGAUUAGUUUCUAGGGUCUUUGUAGGAGAGCUUUCAAAAAUGUGUUCUGGAUACUUUUUGGGAAUUCUAGUUGCCCUGUUUUCUGCUUAUGUGAGUUGUUUGGGGAGUUAUGAAGAAAAUAUGCCAACCACUAAUGUGCACAGUGUUUCAGCACAUACUUUCCCAGAGAUUGGUCCUGAGGUAAAACGAGUUGGAAAUUGGAUCGGCUCUGCUACCUACAGCUCUGUUCUACCCCACCAAGAUGCCCAAAGACUUCAUGCUAGUUUUCAGAAAGAGAGACCGUUUGAGGGAUCGAAUACAGAAUCUGAUUCAAAGGGUUGUCAAACUCAUGCUGAAAGUGACAAUCAAGACAAAAUGAUGAAUUUUAAGCCCCCUGCAUCUGCUCCAAACUAUCCUUUGUUAGGUUUUGGUAAACCUUCUUCUCAGUAUGCGUCUCGUUCAGCUACUGAUGUCUUCAAGAAUGUCCAGCCUGUUAGUCAGAUGGCUUAUACUUCAUCUCAGGGAGUAUCCACUUUUAGGGAAACCCCACAAGUUCUUGGUUCAAAGCGCUUUAAUCCGAGUAGAGUUGAGUCUAGUUAUGAAAUGCCUAAAUUUUCAACUGUUGGAUCUAGCAAGAUCUUUGCAGUGCAGGCUCCUAAACAUGUAUAUGGCCAUAUGACAUUUAAGCCUCAGGAUACUAAAGAUUCCCAAUCUACUUCUAUUUCAAGUCAGACGUUACAUCAACGUGGAUCUUCUCAAGAAAGCCAGAACAGUGGGAAAAUCCAGACAUCCAGUAGCGCAUAUGGUCCAAUCUUAAUGGGAGCUCCUGUGCAUUCAGGUGGACCUAAAUAUACAAAUGCUAAGCCUGCAAUUGUUAGCUCUGGGCCAAUUGUAUUUCAGAGUGGUGAACGUACCCAAGGUCUAGGGAGCUACAGUAAGCAUCCAAAUUUUGUAAAACCCAGCAAUGUCGACUCCAAUCAAUAUGCGACCUCUCAAAUCGCUCAGACCUCCAGUGCCGCCCUGAAUGUUAACAGUCAACCUAAUAAGUUACUGAACGUACCAGUUUACUAUUCCACAAGGGGUGGUCAAACUGGUGCUGGGAAGCCCCUAAAACAGUCUGGAAACUGUAGAGACAGUUUUGGUCAAGAUUCAAUUGCAAGUUCUGGUGAGAUUCAUUUGAGGGCCCCGGAAGGUGCUGAAAGAAGCAAUUUACUUCCUCACUUUCAGUCUCAAAAAGACGUUUGGCAACCCAGAAAACCUCAGAAGACAUUCAAUAUUGGUGGCCCACCCCAGACUGGAUCUCCUGUCUAUUCUUUAAGUGGAAGUCAACCAAAUCAAAUAUUUAGGCCCAUGCACCCCACCCGAAGUGGGGUUCAGCUUAAUGUGGCAAAAUCCUCUAUUGCCAGUUCUGGGGAGAUUGGCAUGAUGCAUGUUCCUGCAAAUGUUCAAAGUAGAACACAAUCCAAUAAUCCGCAAAUUGCUUCAAAACCACAGCCUAUCUUUCAAGAGCGUAAGGUAACAUUUCCACCUGGUCAGGCAGCACUACAAUACCAGCUUUAUGAAGCUAGACAAAAUACUAGGAAUGUCCAGCCAGCUACUGGCAAUUAUGCCAGCCCACCACAGAGUGCUUAUCAGGUCUUAUCUUCUAAGGGAAAACCAUACAAACCAGGAACGGUACCCUCAAAACCUUUGGUCGAAUCAAGAGUUAGUGCCACUAAACCCUCCAUUUCUGAGUCUAAUGAGAUCAGUGCAGUACGUGUGAGGCACAAUAAAUUGCCCAUAAGCAGCUUUGGUAACCUACAGAACCAAUGGGCUUCUGGAGGAGGUGUUGGUGGUUCAUCUGCUUACAGUAGUGCUUUACAAGGCUUACCACCACCAAAUUACCUGGGUCAGAGGCGAGGGCAAAAUGUACAGACACCUGUUAUGUCUUCAGUACCUCAGUAUCAAAGUUCCAAAGGAGUCCAAAUACAGUCAUCUGCCACUCAAAAUUUAGGUUCCACUACACAUGACACCACAAUUCCAAAUGAGUUUGGCAAAGGUGUCAUCCGAAGGAUUUAUCCUACAAUUUUCAGAAACUAUAAACCAGCUCCACAAAAUCAAGCUCAGGGAGUGUAUACCUCUACCUCCGGAUGUGAAGUGACCCGAAAUCACCCCUCGGGUCUCGGUCAACAGGGCCCAGUCAAGUUUCAGGGAGUGAAACCCUUUUCAUCUAGGAGCAGUUCCCAGCGUUUGCUAUAAACUAUGAUCAGGUUUGUGUCUGGGAAGGCUGUCAGUCAUCAAACUCUGGUCUCUGCGAGGACUCUGAGGCUAUGACUGAUCCGAGCGCUGCUGUUCCGCAAUCAUUGAAAUUGAGGACACAAAGAACUGUCCUGGCAAUUUAUGUUUGUACCCUUUAAUGCUCCACCCUCUUGCCAAGACUGUAUAUUUAAUGUUAAUAAAAACAUAACAUGCUAAUGCCAAUUUAUCAUUAUUCUCUGUAGUGUGAAGAAUAUUCAUGACCGCAUGUUUCAAGAGCUGUUUUGGGGUCAAUCCAUGACUUUUAUUGCAGUUAUGGCAUUUAUAAAGAUUUUAUGUAAUAUAAGAAAUGUGUAGGUGUGAAUUU